AUGCUCGCUAGGGAGCAUGUCAUCUAUGUAGACCUUCAUAGUCUUUCUAAUCUACUCCUUGAUGAUCUUGUUCACGAGCCUCCCGUACGUUGCUCCGGCAUUCUUCAGACUAAAGGGCGUGACCUUUUAGCAUUAUGUACCUCUUUCGAUUAUGAAAGAAGGCUUUGCUUUGUUGUCUUCAUGCAUCAUGAUCUGAUUAUAGUUGGAGUACGUGUCCAUGAAGCUGAGCAACUAGUUCCCAGAGUUUGA